AUGAAGCCAUGCCGUGGCGUAAAGGGAGUGUCGAUUUUACUGCUGCUUGCAUUUUUCAAGUUUCCCACAGGCUUUGUAGUAGAUUACAUGCAUGCGGUGUGCUCAGGCUUUGUGAAGUACACUGCAUGCAUGUGGUUCGAUUGCAAGUCCUCAUUUCCCUUCAGCCUGGGCAACAAGGUUUCUGAUGUUAACCAGAGGUUGUUAAGCCUACAACCUAUACAUGAAAUAUCAAGGCUCCCCCGGUCUCUCGUCCACAGGAAGUACUGGAAGUCGUCAGAGUGGCGCAAUUGGCUCCUGUACUUUUCACCACUUGUUCUCAAAGGAAUUCUGCCUGCGCCGUAUUACAGAAACUGGAUAAAAUUUGUUCAACUCAUCCACUUUCUCCUGAUGGAGCCUGUUCCAUCAGACAAACUAAAAGCUCUGGGCCAGCGUAUGAAAGUUUUCUUAAAAGAGUUUGAAGAGCUAUAUGGAAAGAAACACCUGACAUAUAAUGCUCAUCUUCUUUUGCACCUUGUGGACUCGGUGAAAGAAUGGGGGCCUUUAUGGAAUUACUCUGCAUACCCCUUCGAGAGCAUGAAUGGCCGAAUUGUCAAACUUGUGAAUGGUCCACGAUAUGCGCAGUGGCAGAUUGUGGAGAAGAUUUUGAUUUUGUCAGCCCUUCCGAAGCUGUGUAGUAGUUUCACCUACUUUACGCUGUCGCCAAUGAAGGGCCUCAUGACCUCUUUAGUCAAGAGGUAUAAGCUGCGGAGAUUUUCUAGGACCCUUUCUGGUUGUGUCUUUCAUGGCAAGGGUAAAGUGUUGGCAGAUGGAACAUCUUUCAGUAAGGCCACAAUUAAUGGAGUGAUGUUCUGUGUGGAAAGUCGUGACAAGUCCCGCCGGCUCAAUUCCUACGUGGAAGGUGUUGGUCAUGGUAACAGCCGUGUCUUUGGUCGCAUUGUGUCAAUUCGGUUGAACAUGUGUGAGCAUGGUUCUGGACAUUGUGAAAAAUGGAUAUCUUUUUUCAUUCGGGAGCUGAGAGUAACAUCUGCGGGCUUAUUGGAUUUAAGCCCCCUCUGCAACUUUUUUUGUGUCGAACCAAAAGCCCACAUUUUUUCAAGUGAACGCAUUUUCUGCGAAAAAGUGUGUAGGAUUGAAGGUUAG